AUGGUUUCGACUCACAACAAGGAUAAGCCGUGGGAUACCCCCGAUGUCGACAAGUGGGCAAUCGAGGAGUUCAAUCCGGAGGACAACGCGUCCGGUCUGCCAUUUGCAGAGGAGUCCAGCUUUAUGACACUUUUUCCGAAGUAUAGAGAGACGUACCUGAAAUCAAUAUGGAAGGAAGUUACACGUGCCCUAGAAAAGCAUCAUAUUGCGUGCGAGCUGAACCUAGUCGAAGGUUCGAUGUCUGUCAAGACGACGCGCAAGACCUACGAUCCUGCGAUCAUCCUGAAGGCGCGCGACCUGAUUAAACUGCUGGCGCGGUCAGUCCCGCUUCCUCAGGCGAUCAAGAUUCUCCAGGAUGAUAUCGCGUGCGAUGUCAUCAAGAUUGGAAACAUAGUUGCCAGCAAGGAGCGCUUUGUUAAGCGGCGGCAGCGUCUUGUCGGCCCUAAUGGUAACACCCUUAAGGCGCUGGAGUUGCUCACUAAAUGCUACAUUCUAGUCCAGGGUAAUACAGUCAGUGCCAUGGGGCCCUAUAAGGGUUUGAAGGAGGUCCGGCGUGUGGUAGAAGAUUGUAUGCGCAACAUCCACCCAAUCUACCAUAUUAAAGAGCUGAUGAUCAAGCGCGAACUGGCUAAGCGGCCGGAGCUGGCAGAAGAGGACUGGUCUCGAUUCUUGCCUAUGUUUAAGAAGCGUAAUGUCGCCCGGAAGAAGCCAAAGAAGAUCAAGGAGAAGAAGGUCUACACACCUUUCCCACCUGCCCAGCUACCUCGGAAGGUUGAUUUGGAAAUUGAAACGGGUGAGUACUUCUUGAGCAAGAAGGAAAAGGAAGCGAAGAAGCUCGAGGCGCGCCGCGCUCAGCAAGCGGAGAAGCAGUCUGAGAAGGAGAAAGAGCGGGCAAAGGACUACAUUGCUCCUGCAGAACCGGAAUACAGUCCUGAGGAAAAGAAGGAGAAGAAGAAGGACGCAAAGAGAAAGAAGGAUACUGAGGAUGAAACGACACAUCCUAAGAAAAAGAAAAGUAAGUCAAAGCAUUAA